AUGCGCAUGCUGUCCAGACACGAUCUAAAAGUUUUGGAGCCAGAUCUGGUGGCCUCCGCUGCCAUCCUCUCACCGGGGACCGGAGUCAUCUGCGCGCACUCCGUAGUGUCGGCGCUCCUGGCCGAGGCUGAGGCAAGUGGCGCAGACUUCAGUUUCGGAAGCGACGUGGAAGAUGUGAGUUGGGAUGGCAAUGUCUUCACUUUGACUUUCUCGGACGGCUUCAAGGUCACUUGUGACAAGCUGAUCAAUGCGGCGGGGCUUCACGCAGGUCAGCUCGCGGAGACUUUUGUAGAACCUCGGCUGCUGCCGAAGUUCCGUUUCUGCAAGGGCAACUACUUCAGACCGACGGUGCCGGUGCCGUUCCAGAGGCUCAUCUAUCCCCUCCCCCCGCCGUCUGGUGCCGGGCUGGGAACCCACUUGACCCUGGAUGUGGAGGGCGGAGGAGCUAAGUUCGGCCCAGACACGGAGUGGCUGCCGGACGAUUAUACUCCAGUCAAGGAUAUGGACGGCUCCGGGGUUUACCGCGUCGACGCCUCCCGUGCUGCAUCCUUCGAGGAGUCCAUCCAGUGCUGGUGGCCGAGCCUUCCCUCCGGAAGCCUUGCGCCCGACUACUCGGGGCUCCGUGUCAAGGUCCCCAGCGGGGACUUCGAGAUCACCAGCCACGGGAUGGAGGGAUACUGUGGGCUCUACGGAAUCGAAUCGCCGGGGUUGACAAGCUCUCUGAUGAUUGCAGACCAAGUGCUGAGGGCGCAGGAGGAUGAGUUGGAGCGGCCACCACCAGGUACCCGCUGCUUCAGCGAUGGCUUGCGGACACUUCUUCAGGGCGAGGCUUCAGAGUCCCUUCUGGAGGCACUAAAGCAGCGCCGCGAGGAGGUGCGGAAGGAUGUUGAUGCCGCUGCCGUCCGCUGGGGGCAGGCCGCCGACGCUCGCCUGAGGAGUGCCUGCGCGGAGCCAGUUCCGAGUUUCCCCGGGCGCCUAUCCUCAGCGGCUGCCCUGCUGGAGGAGCAUCGGGCCGCAACAGGAGGCGCCCUAAAAGGCGUCUUCGACCGGCUGCAGGGCUUUCAACGGCUCUUGGCACGUCGACGAUGCCUUGAAGACAUAGUCUCCAUGGUGAAGAAGACAGAUGCAGUGCGGGAGGCGCUGUUUGCCUGCCGCCCGGCGGAGGAACUGCCGGUCGCCGAGAUGGCAGAGGUGGUGACGUUGUGCUCGCGGCUGCCGGCGAGGAGCAGGGCCGUCGGAGUGAAGCGUGCGCGCUUCCUGACGGAGCCCUUGCGCUGCGCUCUCUCCCAGGCGCUCCUGUCCACGCUGCGCGAGACAGGUACUUGGCCGAAGGAGCUCGCCAACACCCCUAAAGCCCAGGAGCCGGGAGCAUCUGUGCAUCAAGGCGCGGACACCAGGGAGAAGGCUUUGCGGCUCUGUCGCCGCCUUGCUCAGCUCCAGGAAUCCGCGAAGAAUCUUCGGCAGCUGGAAGGCUCCGAGCUAUCACCGCAAGAGGACAGUGGGUCCUGGCCGUGCCAAGCGCUGGCGACCCCUUUGGUGGCCCGCUUCCGACACCACUUCUGCCGGCCGGACAGUGAGCUUUGUCGCACUGACAAGCCUGAGUGGGCUUUUCGGUACUUGGUUGAGAUGGCCAGCGACCACGCAACCGAGCUCGAGGGGUGGCUGGCGCAGCUCUGCGCGGAAGAUUGUCGGCCGAUGGUUCCAGGUCUCGUGGCGGCGCUCGCCACAGAGGGCCGACGCUUCGUGGCCGGGAGGCUUCGGGCCCUGGCCGAGGACGAGGAGGCGAAGCCUUGGUUGCUGCAGACUCUCCACCAGCUCGUUCGGUUUCACAGCGCUCUGCUGGGCCUCGGCGGCACAACAGCCGCCCAAGCGCUGAUGGCAGACUUCGAUGGUAACGUGCUCCUGGCACCAGGCGAGCCAUCAGAGGAGCCGGGCGACUCCCCUUCGGAGCCUGUGCAACGUGGUCUCUUAGCGGCUCGCCUUGCCGGGGCCUUGCGCCGAGAAGAGGGCGCCGAGGCUUCGAGGCCUCCCAGAGGCUUCUUGGACAUUUGGGCCGACGUGGAUGCAGAGUUUGUGCGGUCGAAGCUUUCGGCUUCCCUGGCAGAGUCCGGCGAUGCUUGGCGGGUGAAGCCACUGCGUCAAUCACGAGCGGACGGCGGAGAAGGCGCGGGCAGGGCCCGCGGCGAUCAAUCGGAGGUCUUUGCUUUGGCCACCCUUUUGGCCGACCUCUUCGAGAGGGCAGCCGAGCGUGCGAGCUGCCUAACAGCGGAGACGGCGCGGCACGAGUAUUGUUCUUCUGUGCUGCAGCCGGGGCUACACCAGGUGGUGUCGGCCCUAAGCAAGUGCUGGAACGACUUGGACGACCCCUUGCAAGAGGCGAAGGAGGCCGCGCGGCUGCUGGAGACGCUGCAGGAAAUUUGCGUCUUCCUCGACGGCUUCGCCGAGGCAAAGCACAUCUCGGCGGCAGCUGAUGAGGUCCAAGCGCUGCGCUUAACCAUUCUGGACAAGCUGGCGGGGUGCUUCGAGGAGAAGGUGCAGUCCUCCUGGCGGAAACUUCGCGCAGAGCCGAGUGUGUUCUCGUACCUGCUGGCCAGGCCUCUCUCUUCCUUCGCGAGCGCUUUGCGGGAAGUCAACUUUGCAGCACUCAGCCGGUCUCUUGUGACGAAAGUGGCGAACCUGUUGCUGUCACAGCUGCUGCGUCAGGGGCCCUUCUCCAACGAGGUCGAACUCGAGCUUUUCACGGCAAACUGCCGCGAGGACUUGCAGAGCUUGCUCGCGUCACAGCUGGAAUCCGGUGACCUCCGGCCGCUAGAGGAGCUGUGGGAUUGUUGUCAGCUCCUGGUCCUUCCACUGCCCUUGGCUCGGGAUACGCUUGAGGUCCUGCAGCGGGUCCUGCGCCUGUCGCCCUCUUUCUUCAGGUCUGCGGAGAAGGUCGAAUCUGUGCAGGUGCUGCAGGCAAAGCUGGCUGCAGCAUAUGAAGCGGCAUCAGUCCAGGAUCUCUCGCCGGAGGUUGCCGUGAGCAUGCUGCGCAAGAGGCCUGACAUGGCAAACUCUGGGCUGUUCGAGCAGGAGAUCGCAGUGCUGCAGGACUUGCUGGGUCCGAGUGCUGCACAAGCUCGUUUUCAAGAUCUGGCGGGUGGUGCUGGAAG